ACUCCCCAAAAGCCCCCUUAGAAAAGAAAAGCAAAGCAAAGAAAAUCUCCUUGUCCGUCUCCCUCUCCCUCUCCCUCUCCCUCUGUCUCCUCAACUAAGAAAAAAAUACUGCAAGCCUUUAUUCUUCAACAAUGGCAGCCGCUUCUUCACAGUCGAGAAGAUCAAGCGGUCCUGUCUUGCGAUCUCUAUCACCCCGUCGAGGAUUACAAACGCACUAUAAUAACAGCUUGUCUUCUUCAUCAGCUUCUGCUUUUGCUUCCUCCACAAGUUCGAGUUUUUAUUCUCCACCAUCCACAUUUUUUCAGAAUUCUCAUCAACGAUCAGCGUCCCCGACUCGUGUCAAUCUUUACUCAACAUCUCCUCUCUCGCCCUCUUUUCGUUUCUCUAUUGACCGAUCCAUCUCUCCUAAUCGGUCAAUAUCCGUUUCGAAAAAGAAUCAUAGCCAUCCGAUCUCGGCUCCGAAGAGAACCUGCAUGUGCUCGCCUACAACUCAUCGAGGCUCGUUUCGGUGUAGUCUGCAUAAAAACACUCCGAGCUCGGCCAAUCCGGCGCCGUUUACUCCAAACCGGUUGAAUAUGCGGCGGUCUGCGAUGACGAAUUCGCUGGUUAGAAUCGGUGGCGUUGAAGGCGAGUGGGUGAAGAGAGCGUUGACAGCUUUGAUCAGGCCUUCAUCGCAUCAGCAACGGAGGAGAGGCGCCUUCCAGCCGCGGCCUAGUCGGUUAUCGAUCAUAUCAAACGCCGAUGAUGAGAUUUGUUGAUUUUGACGGUUUCAGUUACAGGUUGGUGUACAUGGUUUCUUUCAUAUUUUUUUGCGGCCAUGGUGUGCAUAGCCGAGUCAACUCGCUCUGGACGGUGUCGGAUCUGCGGGAGGUGGACGCAUGAGAUCCACAACGAGUCGGUAACUGGCGGCCGAGCUAGAGACUGAGUGAGCUCGGAAGAGUUAGAUUUUGUGUUGGACUUUAGAUUGGAAGGGAAUCCUUUUCAUUGUACAUAUCAAUUGCUAUGGAAGGAGAUUUUGGGACUUAAA